GGGAAAGCUAGCUAGCAGCACGCCGGAGUGGGGUUGGUGUCUUAGAAUAAAAGGAGGCCACUAGCAGCAGGGAGAGGCCGAGAGGGCUUUAGUUCAGAGGUCACUGUGCAGUUGCCAUGGCCGUGCAGCUAUGCAUGGUCGUAGCCUGCUAAGUACGUAGAUAUAAGUAUACCCUACCCAUAAGUACACGUAUAUAUCGAUAUAUACUGUUCAACUAGCUGUAAAUCCAUAGUUGGCUAUAUUAGCCGGGUGGAGAUCGAUGGGGAGGCCGCCUUGCUGCGACAAUGGCGGUGCCGGGGUCAAGAAGGGGCCAUGGACGCCAGAGGAGGACAUCGUCCUCGUCUCCUACAUCCAGCAGCAUGGCCCGGGGAACUGGCGCUCGGUGCCAGAGCACACCGGGUUGAUGAGAUGCAGCAAGAGCUGCAGGCUACGGUGGACCAACUACCUCAGGCCAGGGAUCAAGCGAGGGAACUUCACCCCUCAUGAGGAAGGGAUCAUCAUCCACCUCCAGGCAUUGCUCGGCAACAAGUGGGCAGCAAUAGCCUCCUACCUGCCCCAAAGAACAGACAACGACAUCAAGAACUACUGGAACACGCACCUCAAAAAGAAGGUGAAGAGGCUGCAACAGCAGACGACACAUCCUGCAGAUCACUCCUUCCAGCAGCAGACUACCACUGCCCCCAAUGCAGCUUCAGCAACCACCAGCUCAAACUACUACAACCCCAUCAGCAGCAGCAACCUUGAAGCCACCACACAAGCCAUGGCCUAUCGCGACACGACACCAGGCAGCGAGGUCACCACCAUAGGCACUGUCUCCAAGCUCUUCCAGACAUGGAUGGCAAAGGCACCACCGCCUGCAGUAGCACAGGACUACAAGGCUAUGGUAACCAUGCAGGAGUUUCAGCAAGAUCAAGAGGCCCGUCCUGCAGGUUUCGUGAUCACUGGUGACAUAACCAGCCAUGGGGAGGCAGAUCAAUCAGCAGCCGCCACCUUCUCGCUGCUCGAGAAUUGGCUGCUCGACGACAUGGCACCUGGACAAGCCGCCAUGGACGGGCUCAUGGACAUGUCUGCUAGUUGCUGUGCAGGCCCCAUCAUGUUCUGAUCAUUCUCUUAAUCUUAGAUUUGUUUAGCUACUGGUUGUCAAUGACCAUGUGUUUCCGGUUCCAAACCGUUGUGUUUCCUUUGGGGGAAAUAUCAUGGAAAUAAUCCCCAGUUUAUUUGGAGUAACUUAUGUCAGUCAUUAGGGGUAUAAUAAAAGGGUUUAAUAUCAAGGUAUUAUUUUCCCAAAAAUAAUAUAUUUAGAUAUUAUUUAAGCUAUAACUUGGUUAGCUAAUAUAUUGUUGUCAAGACUUUUUCCUGUGGAGUUUAUAUAUUCCUGUUUGAUGUGUA